UGGAGUCCAUGGAUAGGAGGGACUGAUAAGCUUAUGGUUCGAGAAGCCGGCAACAAACGGACCGAGAUCCUUCCCGUCCCCACGCAGGCAUGGCGGGAACCGCUCUCUUCCUCCGCCCCCUCAUCACUUCCCUCCACCCAAAAACAGCCACCUUCCCGCCACCCAGACGCAACCCCACCCCUUCUCGUCUCCGCUUCCAAAACCCGCCAAGGUUUGCCGCCUCGGACGAACAAACGCCGACGUCCCACACCGAAUCCGGAUUCAAGCGUCCAAUCCGGAAACCCAUCGGUCCAUCAGUCCUCUCGUCAAUCCCACGUCUUCUUGAUAGAAUAAGGGGGGAUCAAAUUAGCCUGGAGUUAGUGAGUAUAGCGUUGCCGGCGGUAUUGGCUCUGGCCGCUGAUCCCAUUGCAUCACUUGUCGACACCGCCUUCGUAGGCCAUCUGGGAUCUGUUGAGUUGGCAGCAGUGGGCGUCUCGGUUUCAGUGUUCAAUCUGGUUUCCAAAUUGUUGAACGUACCCUUGCUUAAUGUUACUACAUCUUUUGUUGCCGAACAGCAGGCACUGGAUGGUGGCUUGAAGAGUGAUGCAAAUAGAGUCGAAACAAGGGAGAAAGUUCUGGGGUUGAAAUUGAAGGGCAGGGGUGACUCAGGUGGCAGGAAAUUUCUUCCAGCAGUAUCAACAUCAUUGGCUUUGGCUGCUGGUAUUGGACUUGCAGAAGCGAUAGGACUAUUCUUGGGCUCGGGGUUCCUAAUAAAUAUCAUGGGUAUACCUGUUGACUCACCAAUGCGCAUGCCAGCUGAGCAGUUUCUUACUUUAAGAGCAUAUGGUGCUCCACCUUUGGUAAUAGCACUUGCAGCACAAGGCACAUUUCGUGGAUUUAUGGAUACAAAGACACCAUUAUAUGCUGUAGGAGCUGGCAACUUACUGAAUGCUAUACUGGAUCCCAUAUUGAUAUUUGCCUUUGGUCUAGGCGUGGGUGGUGCUGCAAUAGCUACUGUUAUUUCUGAGUACUUGAUAGCUUUUAUUCUUCUUUGGAAGCUCAAUGCAAAAGUAGUGCUUCUAUCUCCAGAUAUUCUCGGGGGCGGAUUUAUUCGUUAUUUGAAAUCUGGUGGUCUCUUAAUAAGCAGAACCAUUGCAGUGCUCUUAACUAUGACACUAGCAACAUCCUUGGCUGUCAGGGAAGGGCCAAUUCCUAUGGCUGGUCACCAGAUUUGCUUGCAAGUAUGGUUGGCAGUAUCCCUGCUUAACGAUGCUCUAGCGCUUGCUGGUCAGGCUUUACUUGCAAGUGAGUUCACCCAGAGGAAUUAUGUACAAGCCCGUGUUAUAAUAUACAAGGUUCUACAGAUUGGGGCCACAACCGGAAUAGCACUGGCUAUCAUAUUGUUCUUUGGGUUUGGGUAUGUUUCGCAUUUAUUUACCACUGAUUCAGAUGUUCUGGACGUUGCUAGAUCUGGAGUCUUGUUUGUCACUGUAUCGCAGCCGGUCAAUGCCCUUGCUUUUGUAAUUGAUGGGCUCUAUUAUGGCGUCUCAGACUUUGCAUAUGCUGCAUACUCAAUGGUGUUGGUGGGAUUGGUCUCAUCAGUAUUUCUGUUGAUUGCUGCUCAUAUGUUUGGUCUCGCUGGAGUCUGGACAGGGUUGUUUCUUUUCAUGAGCUUGCGAGCAGCUGCUGGAUUUUGGAGGUUAGGAACCAAAUCUGGACCAUGGAAAAUGGUUUGGUCUGAGAUGGAGACUGGAGUAAUGGAAAAAUGAUGGUUAUGAAAGAAAUUGCACAAGAGCUUAUUUUUUGCGGGAUCAUUAGCUGCCCUCAUGAGUUUUAACAGCAGUUUGUUGUGUCGAGUUUAGAAACAAAGUGGAUUCAUUGGUAACAAAGUUAAAUAAGUGAAAGAAAUCCAUGGGGAUGCAAAGGGUAAACAAGUGAGGAUUACCAACAGGUAAAUCAAUGAACAAUUUUUGUGCUUGGGGAUUUGAAGUACAAUAGGGAACAUAGCUGCAAGGUAGGAUGCAUAUAUUUGGUAGUCACAUAUUCACCGAUACUAAUGAACGGCAAAGCAUGGGAGUGUACUGAUUCUAGCUGAAUUUGGCGAGCAUCCUUUGCAAAGAUCAGUUACACUAAAUGUAUUGCAGGAAUGCUUCUUCCAUUGGCCAGCCAUUCAUUGCAUUACUUGUGAAGCAAAAUAGAGUUUAGAUGCUAUCAAAGGUUUUUUUAUGGUAUGUCCAUAUAAAUUAGUUUUGUGCAUCAGAUCCUGAAGGUGAAUGUGAUUUGGUUGAACUUGCUCGUGGGAUAACCUAAACCCACAGCAUAGUUUCAGUGGAGAUAUAAUGCAGGAGAGUCUGAAGACGAACUAAUGUCUAACCUAAUAUCUUGUCCAUGCUUUAUCUGCUGAAAAAAGACAAACACAUUGCAGGUGUAGCAUGCCUUUUAUUCUAUACUACUGUUCUGUUUAAAGAUUUUCUUUAUCUGAUAGCGAUUUUUUGACCUCAAGUCUUGUAGGUAAUGAAUAGGCUUGUUCAAAUGUUCAUCAGAAUAGAAAGCUAUUUUUGUAUAAAUAGUUUGUUUAAUCAUCAUGGUGUUAAAAUUGUUAGUUUGAACAUCCGGCAAGAUACAGACACCAGUGCAACUACAAUUAUGAUGAGUUUUUUAAUAUUUAAAUAUGUUAAGGCUUCAGAUAUCUCAGUAUUUUGUGCAAGCAUGCAUUUUGCCGGGACAUGAGCUGCAUGGUUGAGUGGAGCUGAUAUUUCAUUAGAGCUGCUAAGAAAAAAAAAAAAA